AGAGCAUUCAUUCUUUUUCACUCAACUUCAAUCGGUGUAUUGAUAAUAUAAUGGCUUCAAAGACCUGCGCAUCCUGUCUACGGACGUUACACAGACAGUCACAAUCAAUUCCUCAGAGAGCUUCCAGCCUUAAUGCAUCCCGAGCAUUCACGGCCACUCCUCGCCGCCAUUUGGAUCUCAAUCCAGGCCCAAAUGCGACUCCACGCACAUCUAUACCUCCAGUCGAUCCUGUACGAGCAGAAGGGGAGCCCAAAAUUGGCACGCCAAUGCCUGCGAGCAUAAGAGCUGCAGCCGGCUUGAAGAAGGUUGCGAGUAAAGCAACGGAGACCUACACCGCGUAUGGAUCUACGGAGGUCUUGUACAAGGAAUGCGCGCUGCAGGCAGAUUACUCUAUACCCCAGGCGGGCAAAGACGAUGAGGAAAUGCCCAAGACUGAAUCUGGGGAAGACUUGGGGGUCGGAGAGGGCUGGUGGCUCAAAGAACUGGGGCUCCAGCCAACUUUCAGUACCUGGUCACAAGUGACAAUGCUCCACAUGUACCUGAUCGCCGCCCGCUUCCGAUGUUUGCCUCACGGCUCACAAACAUGGCAACAGCAUCUCCUCGAUCACUUCUUCUACGACGCUGAGAACCGGAUGAUGGUAAAUCAUAACAUGCACGCCCGAGGCACGCGGAACAAAUACCUGAAGGAUCUCUUUAUUCAAUGGAGGGGCUUGCUUGCGGCGUAUGACGAGGGUCUGGUUAAGGGUGAUGCUGUUUUAGCAGCUGCUAUUUGGCGGAAUGUUUUCAAGGCUAAGGAGGAUGUUGAUAUUAAGGGCUUGGCGCAGAUCGUAAGCUAUAUGAGGAGGGCGCUGAAGGGGCUUGAUUCGUUACCUGAUGAAAGGCUCAUGUCUGCGGAGCUGCAGUUUGGAUCACCGAAGGACGAGGCUAGUAUCGUUGCAUUGAAAAGCAAGAUGAUGGAUCUGCCAUUUGAGAAGGCGCCUGGGAAGCCUUUGCCUGCUGAGAAAGCAUGAUACGGCCCUUGGGAAAUGUUUGCUGUAUUAUACGGGGAAUGUUUGAUUAUAUCUGUAUUAUGACGGAUGUACGAAUCUUUGCCAUUUGGUAGACUUGGGAAGGCAACCAGCAAACAUCUCAACUCGAAAUGCGAUUCUGUAGUUAUUUAGACGAAGCCGGCCAUUUUUUUGGUCCGUCUGCUCCCCAGGUCCUCUACCGG